ACUACAUACAUACAACUUCAUAUUGAGAACUGAUGUAUCUAAUGUGUUUCUUUAAAGUGUUCCUUUAAUUUUUGUGAGCAGUGUACUAUAUGAGACUUGAAUAGUUUUCCUAACAUAUUUUUGCAUUGUUCAGAUGGCAAAGGCGGUGAUGGAGGCCUUUCCACAAAUGCCAGAAAUUGAAUUUGGCACUGCUCCACAGCAGAUUGGGAAGGAGCGCAAAGACUGGGCUCUCAAACUCCUCAAAGCAUCAGUGUUCAAUGCAGAGACCAGUUGCGCACUCUGUGCGUUAGUGAAACCACCAGGACUUGGACCUGCCUUGACAAACUGGAUUAUGUGCGACACUUGUUCUCGAUGGUUCCAUACGCAGUGUCUCGAGAUGGACAAAGAACAGAUGCAAGAAGCAAAAUAUGGAGACUGGAACUGCAGUUUGUGUCUGUAGAAUGCUAAGAAAUGUUAAUAUGUUAGAGUACUGGUAUUAUAUG